CAGCUUUCCGGUCGAGUGGAACACAAGUACUGACUGAGAAUAUCAAAGACAAACUAGAGGAAGGGACUUGUUUAUCAUCGGCAUCUUAUAUACAUUCCCUCGCAGAACGGCCACUCUUUGUUGGCAGCAUUUAGACAUUUCACCCCCACCACCCCCUUUUCCCGAAUCUUGUCGAUAAUCCUCAAACCACCAUAGCCAAAAUGCCGCUCGAUUACAGUAAAUGGGACGCGCUGGAGCUCAGCGACGACUCGGACAUCGAGGUGCACCCCAACGUCGACAAGCGGUCCUUCAUCCGGGCCAAGCAGAACCAGAUCCACAUGGAGCGGGCGCAGCGCAAGCAGCAGAUCGAGACGCUCAAGUACGAACGCGUCGUCAACGACGGGCUCCUGAAGCGCAUCAGCGCCCUGCUGGCCUCGCUGCGGGCGCACGCGGCCGACGCGGCCAGCGGCGCCAAGAACCCGGCCGAGGUGGCGUUCCAGGCCGUCAUGGAGUCGGCGCAGGGCACGAGGGCCGAGGACGACCGGCCCCCGAAGCGGCCAGAGGGCGUCCACGGUAGCGAGGAGGAGUUGCCGACGUACACGAAGAUGAUGGCGACGCUGCUGGACCAGGUCAACAAGGCCAUGGAAGAGAAGAAGGUCACGCAGGAGGAGAGGUACGGCGCCAUGACGGCCGAGAUCGAGGAGCACCUCAAGAAGGUGCAGGAUCUGCAGAGGGACCUGGAGAAGAAGCUGGCGGAGCUCGAGAAGGAGGAGAAGAGCAAGAUCACCAGCGAGAGCAUCCACACCGGGUUCGACACGUCGCACGUCAACAAGGCCAAGGCUGCCGACUCCGCCAAGGCCUCCUCGAGCAGCCAGCCGGAGCUGCUGAACCCGAACUUCAACAAGGGGAACGCUGCUAAGGAAAACACGGCCGCGAGCGGAGGGUCUCUGGACGACGACGACGAUGACGAGAUGGAGGCGUCUCCAGCAGCGAGGGAGUUUGCCAAGAUCAAGCAGGGCGACUACCUCGCCUCGCAACAGUUCUUGACGUCACACCCGCAACUUUUGGCGUCUGAACGAGAGACGGAUGGCCUACUGGUCCUGGCUUUCGACGCUCAGCUGCAGAACCGCGACGAGGACGCCAGGAGGUACGUGCACCAGGCACUGCUGCUGCAGUACUGCCGCGCCCUGGGCAGGGACGGAGUACAGCUCUUCUUCAAGCGGGUGACCACAAAGGGUCACCAGGCUCAGGACAUAUUCUUCAAGGACGUUCAGGAGACGUAUGGCAAGAUCAAGAACCGCGCCGGUGAGAUCAAUGCGCAGAGGGCCAGGGACGCAGCCGAGGGCAAGCCGGACGGCGUCGAGCAGAUCCAGCUGCACGCUGUCGAGCCCGGCACGGUCAUCAGCAUUCGCGUACCGGAGAAGGACAGCUCGGACCCGGGAGAGCAGGCGGCCAGGGCCAUAUUUGAUGGGUUCAGUCCCGAGAUGAAGGCCGCGCUGGAGACGGGAAGUCUGGACAAGGUCAACAAGGUCCUGGGUGAAAUGGAUGUGGCUGAGGCCGAGGAGUUGGUGGGCAAGUUCUCAGAGGCCGGUGUGCUCAGCGUUGAAGAGCAGAUUAUUGAUACUACAACAGAGGAGGGCAAGGCGCAACUCAAGGAGAUUGAGAAGAAAGGUGUCGAGUCGCAGUUUGCGGAUGACCCAGAGUAAUUUUUUUUUCUUGUUCUGUUGCUACCUACCUCACAUGCCGGUAGAUCUUACCCCCAACGUGGGUAAGGUAGAUACAGAUGGUUGAUGAUGCAUUGCUAUGGCGUUGGGUUCGGACUUCUGAGAUGGGUUAUUUGUGCAUGAUGGAUAUUUCUAGAUGACUACCUUGGGCAUUUGUCACAAAAAGUCAAGAUACGAGCAAGUAAAUUCGAGUAGGCAUG